AUGUCCCUGGGAUGGAAGAGGCCCUGGUGCAGGACCGCUGCAGAACCAGGGGGUGCUGGAGCGGACAGCCCCGUGGACACUGUGGACAUCAUGAAGAGCCUAAAAAGGAGGAAAACUCAGCCUUGGCCAUGGAGAAUGAGAGCCAGAGGGGAGCAGUAUGAGCAUUGUCUGGAUGAGGUUGCCAAUCAAGUUGUGCAGGCACUGCUCACCCAAAAGGAUCUGAGGGAGGAGUGUCUGAAGUUGCGGACCAGAGUGUUUGACCUGGAGCAACAAAACCGGACCAUGAGUGUCCUCUUCCAGCAGCGAGUCCGACCCGCAUCAGACCUGCUCCUGCAGAAACUCCACUCUCGGAUCAUGGAUUUGUCUGCCGCUGAUCUCCUCCUGGAGCCUGAGAGAAGCAAAAGCUUCCUGCUAUCCAGGAACACUGACUCUCCACCUCAUGAUGUCCAACUGAACGGAAAGGCGGGACUUCCUGUGGCCAAGUGUCUGAGCCAGCUGAGUCUGACGGUGCAAGCGCCAGUCUACCCACGCAGCAGCUGUAGCAGCAGCGAGCUGUCCCUGUCUAGUGCCUGCAGCGAAUACUCCAGUGGCUCCUACACCUGGAACGACGGACGCUCCUGUGGGAAAAUAUCAUCUCUGACGUGGGAGAAGAGGUUGAGCCUGGGUUCCUCAGCCCCCGGAAACAUCUGCGCCCCCCUGGAGGAGCAGCUCCCAACAAGGAGGAAGGAGAGCCACAUCCUAGAAGGCCUGCGGAAGCUCCAGAGGAGAAAACCCAAAGGCUCCUCAUCCUCCGGGGUCUCCAAGUCGGGCGACAAGGACUGCAUGAACUCUAAUGAGGGUAUCUACUCUCUGGGGAUUAAGAGUGGGAGCAAGGGAAUCUCCAAGCCCACUUAUGUGGGAAGGACCACUGUCUCAGGGGUGGGGUGCAAAAGGUUUGUGUACGACUCUGACGAUGCGGAUGACGAGUCACUACAUUCGGCGUACUGCAGACGAGACAGCGUCCCCAGUAAGGACGGAGGCUGGAUGUACUUCAGGAAGCUGUCGCACAGCGUCUCGGACAGUCUGUGUAGCUGGGACGGGCUGCAGGACAGUGGCAUAGUAGGGGAUAGUAACUGCAGCAUGGGUACGAAGCACCCGUCCGGCUAUAACUCCAAGGAGCGGCCGGAAAAACUCAAGAGCUUCAUCAACAGUUUCCUCUCUGGGGGACGGACCUCGGCUGUUCUAAACCCCUCCCUGUUGCACUUUGACGUCAGCCCCACAGAGGCUGAAUGCCCCCUCCACCUCUCAGACACCGAUCCUGAGGAUCUGCACUCUGAGGUCAGUGACCACCGGCUGCCUGUUAGCCGGACAGCUGAGCAACUACAGAAGGACAUCAAGAGGCUCUCGAGGGAUGCUGACAAGCUGCUUCCCAUACAUUGCUUGAGGAGGGAACCUGGCCGAACCCAGUCUGCUGACGGAAGACCCAGGCCCUUCUGCCUAAUCAAGGAACACAAGGGGGCCAAAACCCAGUCUGAGGAGAGUAUCAUGUCUAUAUUCGAUGCAGACGGACAGCCCAUUGAACUCAGUGCUCAGCAGUCCUCCGUUGGUGCUGGGGCUCGGAAAGAGAUUCCUGGGAGGAAGGGGAAUGGGGUUGCUGAGUAUGCAGCACUGUCGCCUCAUGAUAGGCCCAUUCGUCAUAAAGUAGGCAACAAUGGAAGGAACUACACUGUACUAGAAUCUCCUGAAAAGUGUCAUAGUAAGGCUAGCAGCAGAGAAAGCAGCAAUAGCAGGGAGGGGAAGCCCAGAGAGGCUGCAAACGCAGGAAUGACUGGACAAAGGGCUCCUCAUCUGGUGUUCCAACCGGCUCCCCCACACUUCCCAAGAAGGCAUUUGGAACACAUGGACUACAGGGAACAGCCUACCAGAGACAGACACUGUGAAGCCAGCAGCAAAACUGAACUCAGGUCCCCGUCUCCUCCCCUGCCCCCUGGCCGCACCACCUCCUUACUUAUCAGACCAAACUACGAUGGGUCACCUCAAGCACUUAAACCAGGGGCACAACCAUCCACGCCUACAACUGUGAGGGGGCCACCCCCGAGUUACCACCCCCCGCCUGUACCAAAUAUGCAACAUUCAUUACCACCACCACCCUACAAGGGCCAAGAUACCAUAGACCUGGACGCAGGCUACGGUACCGCAAUCGCACCUCAGAAACUGUUGGACAAAUCGAGCCAGCAGCACCCUGCUUCAAAUGAGACCCCCUCUAAAGGCACUUCGAAACGGGUCCCCACAAAACUCUACCUCCCCUCCUCAGCCUCAGGGCAUGUGCCUGAUCACCCUGUAAAUGCACCUAAAAGCUCAAAGAAUGUCCCUCCUCCCUCAUACAACUCUCAACGUGGCUCUUCGCUUCAAAGCACAUUUACUAGUAAGAAAGGUACCAAUGACAAUAGGCAUCCUAUGUUGUAUAAGACCUCUAGUAGUUUUCCUGUAACUCUGCAGGGCCACCCUCAGUCUCCAACAGAACCUCACGGUAGUAUGACUCCUCAAGCUGUAGCGAACCCACCUGUCUCUGAAACUAGCACUCAAAAUUCCACUGAAAAAGCGUCAAAGACACGCAUUCCUAUGGGCUUCAAAGCUUUUGUGAAAUCACCCCCCUCACUGCAGAAAGGCUCCACCACAAUACCAGGAAAGCAAGAGAAGGAACACAUCAACUCGGUCUCCAAAGAGACUGUGACUUCAAAUGCUUUCGCCCCAUGUGACAGUUUUCAGGCAGUGUAUGUUGAUUCGUUAGCCAUGACUUCCAUCAUGGAGACUAAGGGUGAGGUCCAGUGCAUCCUUCAGGAAGAGGAGGCACACACCUCUGAGUUGGCAGAGCAGGGGGAGGUUGGUGACAAGUCGGACUGCGACAGUAGACUGUUCAAGAGGUCCAUAUCUGUCACGACCAAACCUCACCUAAAGCCCGCCCUGGGGAUGAACGGGGCGAAAGCGCGCAGCCAGAGUUUCAGCACCCACUACAUGGAAAAACCCAACAUCAACGUGUUGGACGGACAUGUGAAGAUUCGAACCCAGAUCAUCACCAACUCUGGAGAGAGGGGGAACUCAUUAACAAGGCAGAGCUCAUUUGUUGAGGGCCUACAGAUGAAACCCAGUAGCGGAUCUGGGGAAAGUCCGGUCCGUUGCCCUAGCCACAGGUUGAGCCACUACGGAGGUAUGACAGGCUCUAACAGCCACCAGGGCCUUCCGGAGAGAGCCUCCAAAUCGGGCUCCACCGGUGAUGGGCCACGGAACACUGCAAAGGGGGAGAGCAUCACGGCUCCACCUCAGAAAGAAGUGCGUAGCUUACCCCUUGCCGACCGGAUCGGCUUGAAGAACUCCCAAAAUCCCAAGAAGGUCCCAGAGGCCACAACAAAGGGUGGGAAAGUGCUCAGCCCCGGCAAACUAGACCUCCUGAAGAGCGUCAAAGUCCAGGCAGGCUGUUCUCAAGGGGCGCUCGAUGAGGGAGAGCAACCAGUGAGCCCCACAGUCUGCACCAUCGAGGAGAAGGUCAUGAUGGGGAUCGAGGAGAAUAUCCAGAAAGGUCAGGGUCAAGAGAAGGUAACAGCAUCGGAGACCAAGCAGAAGACCGGCCCUUCUCUGGCCAACUGGUUCGGCCUACGUAAAAGCAAGCUGCCAGCCUUGAAUGGGAAGAAAUCAGACGCCACCUCCCCGAAAGAGAAAGAUGAGAAAAAAGAUCUGAAGAUCGGAUCCGUGCUGGGAGGCAAACAGAUGAAAUCGGACAAAAAGAAGGACAAGAAGAAAAAUGACAGCCAGUUCGAAAAGAGUCCAGAGCUGACGUUGUCGGAGAACAAGCUGAGCUCGAUCAUGGAUCAUUGCAAUAUUCAGAUGGGACAAAUAGCCAAUCAGAUCCAGUGUUCUACAACCUACACCGGGAAAGACCAGUUCAUGAAAGAGCUUCUUGGCAGGAGUGUAAGGAAG